AGGGAGGAGCCAGGCAGUUGCUGGCGUCGUUGCUAAGGCCGGGGCCGCGCACACCGCACACCGCGCGGCUUAAGCAACAGGCUGGGACGGCGGCGGGGCGGGGUUAGACGGGAAGUUCCGCCUCAGCAUCUCACUCAGCGGCGGUGUCGCACUUCUCCUGAGAGGCUCUGGCGAGGGGCAGGGCCGCGUUCGUCCGGGACCCGCCUCAAGGCUCGCAGCCUUUCACCCGGUUUCCUCCCGAUUCUUGCUGGGACAACAUAAUUGGGAAGCGGUUCUCGAAACAUACUCUCAAGGCGUAGUUGCAGAACUUCAUAUGUGAUUAAGGAGAUGGGCUAAAUUACCCUGGAUUGUCUGGGUGGCUGGACAUAAUCAAAGAGUUCUUAUGAGAGGAAGACAAGAUGUCAAGAGAGGGGAGAAGACUACACUGCUGGCUUUGAAGAUAAAGGGAGGAGCUCUGAGCAAAGGAUAACAGUUUGGUCACCCAACUCACAUUGAUGCCUAAGACCCAGCUGAUUUCUCUUCAUUUCUGCAAAGUUACUGUACCAUGGCAGGCCAACGAACAUGUCAAAGGAGGAGCAGCAGAGCUGGCCCCAGGAAAAUGCAAGAACCUCCAAAGAGCAUUGAAGAAUUCUUAAAGUUUCAAAAUUGGGAUUAUUGGCCAAGGGAAAUCCAUUUUAGAGAUGAUGAUAAAUGGUCAUGCACUCUGAAAAAAAUAAAAGAAGAUAGUUCAUUUGUUUCAAUUUAUACAUACCUAUGGAAAAAUGUUCCUCGAAUAUUUGAAGCACUUUUGAUCAUGGAAUCAAAAUUAAGGGAAUAUUCACUUAUUUUGCAAAACCACACCUCUAAAAUAUUUAAGUGGAAAAGCAUGAUUCCUGAGACAAGUUCUUAUAAAAAAUUGGAACGAUAUGGGGAAUUUCUAAAGAAGUACCAUAAGAAAAAAAAGAUAAUGCUUUCAGAUGAAAUGGAGACAGAGAAGAAUAUAGAGGGUUGCAGCUUCACAGAAUUCAAAGCAAAUGAACUUACUCAGCUACCCAGACAUUUGGAUGCCGAACAAAUUUAUCUUUUUAUUUUAAAAGCCCAUAAUUUUGAUGAAAGAGUUUUUAAAAUCUGGAAGACUCAUUUUCUCUCAGAAGCCUCCAUUGCUCUUUUGCAUGACUCCUUUUGGUGGUGGUUUCUCCAUAAAUUUCGGCCUGACAGAGAAAACCAAGAUUGCUUAUUCGAUAGAAUUUCAGAAAGUUAUGUGACACUUUUCAUGAGCAUACCUCUAAGUCGAAAGGAUGCAUUUUUUCAGAUAUAUCCUGAUUGUUUGGCACAAGCCAUAUAUGCAACGUUCCAUGAAGCAUUUCCAGAAUCGAGUUACCUCUUUAAUGACGAAUUUAAAGAAGAUCUAGGGAAUAACAUUUUUCUUUGGUGUUCAGGUUUAAAACCUCAAAAAGGCUUUUGGACCCACUGGAAACUGAAAGAACUCUCCACAACCACCAUUCAUGGUAGCAAAAAAGCACCUGCAAAAUCAGUAAAGGAAAGAAUUUCAGACAGUCAAGAACGUAUAUCAACUACUAUCGACUUCAAUAUUAUAAAGAUUCUAAACAAUCCAAGAGCAUAUACGUUGCCCAUAUCCAAGGAAGAAUCAAGAUUAUCAAGACUAGCGACAAAGUCGCACUAUAGUAGUACUGGUCCAGAGUUUAAUCGUGUUCUCUUCAAUUUUGGAGGUCAGAGUCCAUUGAUUUUAUAUUAUCUUAAGAUGCAUGAGCUGGCUGGUAUUUCCAAAGCAUCUAAGAAAACCAAGAUUAAACUCACUAGGAUAUUUCAGGAACCAUAUCCUGCUCCAACAUACCGUGAUGUUAUAAAGGAGGCAAAAAGACAAUUUGCAAGGAACCAAAAGGAUUUUAGGAUGGAAAAGCUCAGAAUUAAUGAAGAAAUAAAACUUCUAAAACAGCAGCAGGAAAGAAUUGACAAGGAGCUUGAUAGACUCCAAGCAAAGGCUACCAAGAAACCUCAUGAAGUGAAACAGGACUUUGAGACGUUCCUACAUAAACUGGGUCUCGCUCUGUCACCUGUCAUCCAGGCUGGAGUGCAGUGCUGCGGUCAUGGCUCACUGCAGCCUUGAAGUCCUCAGCUCAAGUGAUCCUCCUGUCUCAGCCUCCCGAGUAGCUGGGACAGCAGGCACAUGCCACCACUCCCAGCUAAGGACUAUUUUUUACAUCCACACACAAAAAUAUUCAUUCUCUCUUUUUUUUUUCUUCGGUCUAUCUUCCCGACUAUUGAUAGGAACAUGGGCACAGAGAAAUACCUAAUUAGAAUAGGAAAACAACAGUGCAAGUGUCCUGAUAAAGGGCAAGUGACCUCAGCUGGUAAGUGGUAAAUGAUGUGAGUGUCAGGGAAACUAUUAUACAAGCAGUUGUGGAAACUGUAGCGCACGGGAAAGCCAUGCCUCAUCUAACAAGGCAGCUGCUAUCUCAGCCCUAGUUCAUUGAUGCCCUGUAGAAAUGUAGGACAAGUAGUAUCAGAUAUUCCACCACUCAGUAAUCCAGAUUCUGAGUAAUCCAGAAUAUCUGAUACUGCUUAUACAAUCUCCUGAUUUGGAGCCCAAGUUUUUAGUCAUUCUGUGCGCCAAACUAUAUCCAUCUGCAGACCAGAUGUGGCCCAUGGGCUGCUGGGCUAUAACCCCUGAUCUAAAUGCUGCCUGGAUUUGACUCUUCAAAAGCUAGCUCCAGCCAGCGUAGUCAAUCUUAUUCUUCACUACAUACCAACGCAAACCCUUCACUCUCACUGAGCCUCCUACACGCACCAUGUUUGCCUAUAACCAUGGGCUUUGCUCAUCUGCAGUGUGCACUCCACAGCUUUUAAACUCUACUCAUCCUUUAGGGCCAUGCUCAAAGUCCAUUUACUGCAUGAUCUUUUUUCUAAUGGUCCCGGCCCUAUCCCUGCCAGGUAAGUUUAGCAUCUCUCAUAACGUCUAGAAUACCACAUAGUAAGACUGAAACAUAGUUCUUUUUAUCAAGAGAGAAAUCAAAACAAAUAUAGAAUAGAUUCCUUGCUUAGAAUGACCAUGUGUGUCACCCAAAGAAGAGUGCACACUGGAAAUUUUUACUCACCUUUUGUGAAGAAGAAAUCACCUGGUGAAAAUUGUAAAUGGAACAGCAAAGCAAUGACAAGUGCCUUUUUUUUUUUUUUACACUGAUCCAGGUAUCUUUAAAGAAUUAUAUACCAACCACAAAUCCUUUGUGGAAAAUGGCACGGUAUUAAAAAAUAAAG